AUGGAUGAUUUGUCGAGUCUGUUAGGCGCUUCUCCGAGCCAAGGAGGAAAUGAAACUUCCUGGAAUGAAACUGGGCAUGAGGAACGAACAUGGAAGACAAACUUGUCCGUGGCAGAGACAUACCAUGAACAGAUGCCAUCUACAUGGACGCCUGCGUACUGGCAGGGCCGGACACCGCCAACUGCGCCACGCGUUGCACUUGCGGUGAGCACAGAUUUAAAGCAGUGGAACUACCGGUAUAUGUUUGAAAAAAAGGGAGAACGGAGUCUUGAGUUAGAUACACGUCUUGGUGAGAUGGGCGACGUGAUUCAGCAGGCAUUUGGUCUAUCGAAGGACUGGGAUGAUCCGACAAUCCCUAGUCAAGAGAGCGUGUAUACAGUAGGGCGUAUCUGCGCGCGAUUAGAUCCACCAUCAAUGCGAGGCAAAUCGAGCGUGGAUGCCGAUGGGCCAUCGUCAUUGAAGCUCACAAUGUCGAACCUCAUGCUCGAAACCAGCCGAAUGGUCGGUAAUGGACAACGCGUACCACUGGUUAUCGAUGCCAAAUGUCGCAUCCACUAUGCUUGGACAGAUGCGACUGCACAGGCAUCAAAUGUGCUGGGUCUCUUUCCUGGUAUGAUUGUAGGGAUGAAGGGACGCAACGGCUCCGGACACCGCUUUGUCGCAGAGGAAUUGUUCAUCGUACGUCGGCACUCGUAUCUCUCAGAGCCUACUUACGCCAGCCACCUGCACUUCCACACCCAGCGACACAACGUAGUGAACUUUUGA